AUGCCGCUUUUGAAAAGAGAAAGUAUUACAGAUACUAUAACAAUUUUGAUAAGCUACCUUGUGAUGUCUGCUUAUAUAUCCUUGGCAUUGGGGGACACUCCUCGCUUCACUUCAUUUUAUAUUUCGUCCAAGAUGUUCCUUGGGCUUUCUGGAGUAAUGGUUGUCAUGCUAUAUGUUAUCCCUUUUCUUGUUUUGGCUGGCAUGAGUGAUCUCCUCUCUCUAAUCUUAUUCAUCAUGCAAGAUGAAUCAGAAGCUUUUUGGUGUUUUGUUUCUUUAAUGGAAAGAUUUCAACCAAAUUUCAACUGUGAUUAA